GCUGUAACUACAACGUCGCUAAGGAAAUUUACCUGAGUUUUCUCACCUGUUGUUUGAAGUUUGAAAAUUAUACCCGGUAAUUUAGAAUACGAAAUAGAUUCAUAUAGGAUAUAAUGUUAAGCGAUGGCAUGUUCAUAAAGCAAGAAGUGAUCGAGCAAGUUAUUUCCAAGUAGAUCUACACCUAGAGUUUUUUGUUUUUUCCAUUGUUUGAUAAUUAAUUUAGCAUGGCUGAUGUCGACUUCUUAACAGAACAAUUUCCUGAUAAUGUAUCGGUCAGCGAUCUGUGUGACUGCGGGAAACAUAAACGCAAGAAACAGAAUGUCACUAUUCCUCGGAAUACAUGUCCUUUUCCGACAUCAGAUUAUGCCCAGACUUUCAAGGCGGUGGAGAACCCCCGCCCUCGCUCCAGUAAACGCCCUCCACCUACACCAGGGGUAAGAGAUCGACAUUCAGCUCCCAUGAUCUUUUCCACAAACCAGAGAGAUGAAUUCAAGUCGCAUGGUGCUGUGCCAAGGACAAAGCCCAUCAUUCCGGAGGAGAACUAUGAACCUGUGAAUGCCCCGAUUGAAAAGUCCACCUCCUACAACCAAGAGUUCAUAGCUAAACAAGCACAACCUGAAUAUAGACGGAUGGAGCCCCGUGGUACAGUCCAAAUUCCUGAUGCUAAGUUUGAUGGGCACACAACCAACAAGGAUCACUUCAAGAAAUGGGUCACACAACCCACCAUACAGUUUCAAGAGCUACCUAGCUUUACAGGUUCCAUUUUGUUUCCGGAGAAAAACAAACUACCACCAAGUGAAACAAUGCAACAGUUUAGGGGUGAAUUUAUCAAAAGACCGGAGGCUGUGCGGUUAGCAGAUGCCAAUUUAAGAAUGGAAGGUGACUUUUUGAUGACUACAACAAACAAUGAUACUUACAAGAUGUUCCAUGGGGACCACCGGGCAGAACGUAUUGUCAAGAAACCCACGCUACAUACUUCUAAAAAGCUUGGCAAAUUUGAGACGGAAACCCAGAACAGACGGGAUUUCCCUGAAUAUGCAGGUGCUAGACCUGCUAGACUAGCUGAGCCAGCCCCAGAAACUAUAGACCUUCGAUUUGACAACAAGAGAAACUUUCAGACAGAACAACGUGCUAUCUAUAGGGGUCAUGAUAUAAUGCAAAAUCCAAUGCCCAAACCAAUCAGGCAUGACUUAGAGGAAUACAACCCACCAUCUGUAAAAUUUGAGACUGAAACAUCAAAUAAGAGGGACUUUCAACCAAUUGAUAUCACUGCCAAUCUAACACACAAAGCAACUGUGCCACAUUCAACAAUUAGGGUUCCCGAUGUAAAAUUUGAGAGUAGAACCAGUUUUGGAGAGUUCUUUAAGAACUAUGGUCCAGUCAAACGAGAAAGAUAUGGAGAUUUCCACGAAAACCGACCAUAUAUUCCUCCUCAGACAAAAUUUGAAGGUGCCAGUACUACAAAAUCUACUUAUAUUCCCAAGAAAUGGGAGCCUACCAAACCAUUUGUACCAGAAAAUAGACCAAUAGAAGGUGAAGGUGUAAUGGAUUUCAACACUGUCCAUAAGGAGACGUACCAAAAACCCAAGGUUAAGCCAUGUAAAGCAGAAGUAUAUCUUAUCCAGAAAGAACUUCAACGACAGAGAGCAUUGGAAGCAAGGGCAUUAGUGGCCAACAAAUUUAUUUGUGAGAACCAGUCCGACCGUCUUUCCUGUUCAAAUAAUGACGUCAUCACAAUCAGGUCAAUAAAUUUUGGAAGAACAAACCCGAGUGUUUGCGGUAUGGACCCCAAUACAUACUGCUACUCCUCUGGAAAGGUCACCGCCAACAUCGCUAGGACCUGCAACAGCCAGAACUCGUGUCAGCUAACGGCCUCUGCCGCCAGUCUGGGAGAGGACCCCUGUUCUGGGACCUCCAAGUACCUGGACGUCCAGUACGACUGCAAUCCACCGCCAACCACCACCACCACCACAACCACCACUACCACCCCGCCAUCCACACAGCCACAAUCCAGCUCUGCUCAGUCAGGUUCUAUCGCAAGUCCAAAUGCAGGUGGUCCACAAGUUUGUCACGAAUACCUGAUAUCAGGAAGUCAUGGAAUACCUGAUAAUAAACUGACAGCAACAAGCUCGUGGUCAAAUUCUUCCAAUCAGGACGGCAAGGCGUACCGCGCAAGACUUUUCAAUACCGGAUUUAACUUUGGAAAUGGAACCUAUCUCGUUGGAGGAUGGGUGGCAGGUGUCAAUGACAAAAACCAAUACAUUCAGGCGGAGUUCAAUUCUGUCAGUGUUAUUAGAGGCGUGGUAACACAGGGGCGCAAUGUCAACACACAGGACCAGUGUUGUCACCAAAAGGUCACCAAAUACAAAGUCCUGUACAGUGUGGAUGGAAUCACGUACCAGACCAUCAAGGAUCAUAACGGAAAUGACGUAGUGUAUAUAGGAAAUACCAAAGACGAAGAACUUGAAAUGACAAACAUGUUUGGGUGUCCGAUUAUUGCCAAAUACAUCCGUAUCCAGCCUUUGGAUUGGUCAGCCCAUAUAGCAUUGAGAUUUGACGUGAUUGGCUGCAGGGCAACCACUGAUCCAUAUGGACAAUGUCCAAAUGGGUGGAAGGAAAGACCAGGGUCCAAAACGUGUUACUUGAUUACGACCAAUCAGGCUCUUGGAUGGAGAGAGGCCAGACAGCGAUGUAAGCAACAACAAGGCGAUUUCGUCAAGAUUGAUUCCAUUCAAGAGAGGGAUUGGCUCAUUCAGGAAAUCAAGCAGCGGGCGUUUACCCAAGUUUGGAUUGGUCUAAAUAAUCUUCCGAGGCGAGAUAACAAAAAUUUUCAUUGGACAGACGGUUCUGCUCUAAAUACAAACAUUGUACCUUGGAAGACAGGUAAUCCCGACAACUAUCUUCAAAACGAACACUGUGGAGAGUUCUCCAACGCAGAACUGAAUGACAUAGACUGUAAUACCAAAAUCAACUUCAUUUGCGAGAAACCAAAGUUUUGGACAAAUCCUAACUCAGCUACCACCCAGGCUCCACCCAACAGUCAGACUACCACAAACAACGCGGGAUCCCAGGGCAGCACAAAGUCUGGAUCAACCAGCACGGUGAUCUCCCCUACAAAACAUACAACACUGAAACCAUCCACUCAAACCAAAGUUAUUCCAACGUUAGCUGGAGCUAAAGUAGUCAACGGGAUACUGUUUACAACGGGUUGCGGUAACCAGAACGACUGCUAUAAUCUUGGUAUUGGUGAUCACCAAUACUGUGCUGAUUGCCAUAGUUACCUGACAUGCGCACCCAGUGGCAUCUUCGUCAGGCCUUGCCCCUCUAAUCUGGAAUUUGACAACAACCUCCAGGCAUGCGUAGCCAGAUCCUGGACAUGCAGGAGAGUCGCAGGAUAAAAAACUGUCAAAUGUAUUAUCUUACGUUACAUUUCUCCAAUGUGUGCCUCAGUAUCCUUUAUACAAACAAUCCCAGUGUUGUAUUGCACCAGUUUUCCAGUACGAAAAGAAUCCGUUGCACAUACUUUUAAACAUUAUCCUCAUUUGUUAUUGUUUUCAUCCUAAGUAAUUCAAAUAAAAUGUUUUGGAAAUGAC